UGCACGUCUAUUUAGAGUAUAUCUACGCUUGGAAUUGAUAUCGCGGUUCAAUCAAAAGUGUCGAAGAUUUUAAUAAUCAACGCUAAGACUUUGUAUCCGGUUUAAAUGUUAUACAGUGGUACUUUUGUAGCACGAAAAUAAUUUAUCGUCAAAGCGCGACGGCAAUGCGAUUGCCAAAGCCUGUGGUACCUGUACCCUUGGGUGCUUCUGGUAUUUCAGUGUUCUUUUGAGAGUAGCAAUUAAAAGGGUUUAGGAAAGAGAUAUAUGCUUCGUGUUUGUAUAUAUAUAUAUAUACACAGUCUCUAGCCGAAAAUAACGGAUGAAUUCAGCAUUUGGUGCUCGCGAGGGUAAUAUGUCGUGUGCAGUGACGUUAUAAUAUACGGCUGAAGGGGUAAUUGAUAGGAUGACCAUAACCUAUAUGUAUUAUAUAGAUAUAUUACAUGUUGCAUAUGUGUAUAUAAAUAUAUAGGAUAAUGGUUUGUUGUAUAGAUAGUGGGAAGGUACAAAAUUGAUACUAUGGACAUUAUUUGACUGAUCUCGCGGUGAAAUACCCAUGGGGUAACUUAUUGUCAGUUGUCUCCUAUAAGUUAGGGUUGAUGUUUUCGCUUGUAGGACGUCCGUUAGGAAGUCGGGACUUCGCUGACUGCGGGACUGUAGAUUCGAUUUGUGGGAUACCGAGUUCGGGAUUCGCCCCAGGGAACUCUUGGGAAUUCUAGACGGGAAUUUACGCUGGAAUUUCGACGCGGUGACAACGCGACUCGCUGAGAAUCUCAUUGGCUCAUCCGUGACGCAACUUACGCUGUCAUAAAAAAGAGGUCGCGCGGUUCACUUCGUAAGCGAGAAAACGAAUUUACUGGAGUUGAACUAGAUUUUGUGGACGGAAAUUUUUUUUCAAUUGACAAUUCAUAAAUUUUGACAAAAAUUUAUCCAACGUAUGUAAAUAUGUUAUUUUUACUUUUUAAUGCUUUCUCCUUAUCACAGGGUCGAUUAGCAAGGCGGACGUCGAUAUUGCUUGAGGAUCUUUUGGAGGCGAGCCAAUUUCUAAUAAAAUUCUGUUAUUAGUUUGCCAAAAGCGAGGGCCACGUGCGAGAGAGAAAAAGAAUAAAAGUAAGAGGCAAAACUUGAAAGAAAGAGAAAGUUAAUGGAAGGAAUGUAUCUCGAGUAGAAAACGAAGUGGCAAAAAUUAAAAGAGUCACUUUCGACUUUCGGUAAAAUUCAUUUGUUCGCAAACUUAACGCAAGAGUAAUAUAUGACUGUAAGAUUCAUGGGUGACUUAUUGGGUUAAACAACGUGCCAUUUGUCAGUAACGAUUCUUAAUUCAGGGUAAAAUGUCUUGGCAGCAUCGGAUUUACAUUUCCCAGUAACACAGGCUAAACGCAAUACCUCGGUAUCGAAGGUGGCAAAAUUAAGCAUAAUUAAUUUGUCGACGUGAACGAGGGUCGGCAUCCUCCCCAUAGCGAAGUACCUACAGCCUCUCUUCCGAAAUCCUAAUUCUUCUCCCUCGCUUUCUCUUUCUCUCUUCUAUUCGUUUAUAUAAUCUUGCUUCUUCUUCAGUCCCCCUAUCCAUCGUGGAAUAACGAAAUUUCGUACUUUACCAAAUUCCAGGAGUCCAAAUUUCAGAAUCUCUCGUCAAUUGACGGAAUUAUAUUGUCUCAAAUUUCAUUUCUUUUAUUUUCUUCUUAACUUUCUCGGAUUUCAUUUUAGCCACUGACAUCUAUCUGUCGCUCGUACCGUCCGCUAUUUCUUUUCAGGCUCUCAAACUCUCGUAGACACUCAAUCUUCGAUGCUUACGUAGUAGGUGUAUGGGUUGUCCUAUCAGACCAGACCAAGGCGUUCGUAUAAAGUAAGCGAACCGCGAGAAAUGACCGUGGCUCAAUCUAUCUAGAAUAUUAGCAAAGCCUAUGGACGUUCGCGAGAAUUCGAUACCGAACGUUCGCCAAGCUCAUUCGAGCGUCCUAGAUCCUCUCCGCGUUCUAUUAGAGGCUCCUUUUUGCUAAGCCACUGAUUCGUGGCGGCGCUUAUCCGGCCGUACGUUGCAUAUACGUAGAUAUAUAUAUUUUUAGCGUGAGCAAGAAGGUUCGAAGGGAGGAGUAAUAAGGUAGAUUGGGUUGAAGUAAUAGGGUGAAGAGGAAAAGAAAGAGAGUAAAAAAGAAAGCUUAUGUUUCAGAAGAAGGCCAGGUCAAGUGUUUGUGUAUCCACAAAGCAGGGCACGUUAAAUAAAGGGUGCAUGAGAUUGUUAAUUUUUUCACUGCAAGGAAAGGGUAGCGUUAAUGUUUUUCUGCAUUUUUCGUUCGUUUUCUCUUCAAAGGUACAAAAUAAUUGGUCCCUCAGGGUGAGAAAACAUGAAAAAAAAUCCGACGGUCGGAUCAACAAAAUCUUCUCCAUUGAGAGUGUAACGCGAAAUAAAUUUUUCUGGAAAAUUCGAUUACUCUAAAUAUCCCAAGUAUCUCAUAAAGUACAUAUUUAUUUUUGGUAACAAGACGCAAAUAAAUCCAGUGAGUAUAACAAUGAUAUUUCUCGUAAAAACUUCCUGGAAAAUAAAAUAACACUGAAACCCCUAGUUGUCUAUACAUAUAUCCCUUACGUCCAAAGCACAGAGGAUAAGAUAAAAAAGAAUCCGUGGUAAAGGUCGCCCUUGAUUUUCGAAAAUCCAAUUUCGACGCGUAGACAGAUCAGUAAAGGUAUUGCGAUGCGGUUAGUGUCUACAGAAGCAGUGCUGUAGUCAUGAACAAUAGCAGGGUGACGUACAUAUAGAACUACUUGUCGGCAGGGUGAUUUCCAGCAGGGAGUAUAGACUGCCAUAUAUGUAGUAGCAUACGAGACACGUGUACUAUACUGAACUGAGAAAUUAGUGUGAGAGAAAUUAAGAGAAGAAAAGCAAUAAUAAUACAAAAAUAGAAAAAUAAAUCUAAAGGAUAACGUAGAAAUAGGAAUGGUAGACAGUUGGGUCGACGUGAAACCCAGGGGCGUGUCAAGUAAUCCUAUGAAUUAUUAGACUGGCAAGUAGGUAGGGUAGGGUAGGUAGGUAGAUGUCUUUCGCGUUGAGUUUAUGAUAAUAUUUAAUCCAGUUAACGUGGAAUAUAGAACAUAUAUAUAAAGGCUAUAGCUAUACAUAUAACGUCGAUGGCUCUCUAGCCACGAUACGUAGAACUCGUGGCAGUCAGUCAGUCGAUGUCCCGGUGUGCUGUUCUGUUGGCAGCGCUAAUAAUCCAGUUACAAAAACAGUGUUAGAACGAAGAACUCGUCGUAAAAGUCACCAGAGUCGUUGCGACUGGAAAAGAUUUCCAUUGUGGACGGGUGAUCAUUCGAUCGAGAUACUUAAUAUGACGAAGAAGAAACUGUCUGAUGAUAAUAUCUCAUUGUGUUACUGCGCAUACAUCUUGGAGGAAGUGUCACGUCCAUUUCUUCCCGACUAUAGUUUUUUGGCUUCGCGUCCAUUUACUCACGUCACUUCUUGCUAUCGCGAGCACAGUUAUUCUUUCUCUUUCUCAUAAAUGGACCAUUGAGUGAGACGUGUUCAGUGCAAUGUGAUAUUGUGGUGUUCGUUUACGUUGUUGUGGAUUUUGUUUUCCCUGCUCCUUGAACGAUCAUGCGUUGUACUGUGUGAACGAAGCUUUAUUUUCACGAGGGUGAACAAACGCGAUUGACAUACAUAUACGCGUGUUCUAAGUGCUUCCUUAUGAACGGGUCUUCACGUGUUACGAUUGUGUUUCUACUUUCUUCAGUGGACGUUUGCCAAUGACCUUUAACUUGUGUCAAGGAUUUCGGCUGUCUAGGGACUUUAUAUUGGACUAGAAAGGUAUUUUGGAAUAAUAAUCUAUAUGUGUGUUAUAUAACGAAAUAUAUAUAUAAAGGAGGUAUAACAGUCGUUAUAUUUAUCGUGAGUGACUUUAUUAACGUGUUUUUCAAGUGAACCAUGUAAUUAAUUUGAUUAGAUACUAAUGACAUUUUUGAAUUAAUCGCGUAAACGAAUCUCUAUCGUGAGUGUACCGACGUAUCUGUACGUACGAGUUUUAUGUACGUUGAUAAAGGUGAUACAAGAACAGAAUUACUGAGAGUGCAGGAUUACUGUAACGAGGAAUAAAAAUUGUUACAAGUGGGAUAAGCAACGUUAAUGUUUCGCUUAACGGUGGAAUAAAGAACCGUCUUUCCGAGCCGAGUAAAGUUGUGAAGAAAAUUUUCCUUUUACGGUUUUCAAACGCUGACGUGAAACAGAUAUUCUUGGUAGCCUUGUGACGUGGCUGUGCUCCGAGGACUUUGAGAAUUGUGAAGUGUUGAAAAAGGUGAAGGAAUCGUUUGGGCGUCAAAGACAGCGACGACGACGACGACAACGGUACAGAAAUGGCAGAAGUUCAUAUUCACUCAUAUUUCUCGUACUCGAGGGAAGCUAUUAGCAAUACCCGCAUAUCCUUUUUAAUUUCACAAAGCGUCGCGACGCACAACCCGAGCGUCGGACCCGUCGAACUGACAUUGUGGACGCAGCUUCACGAGUGAUAUCGCAGUACGUGAACGGAAUUAAGAGAAAAAUACGGAAAUCCAUAAAAAAAUAAAAUGACCUAUAAAAUAUAGAAUACUUUUGAAUUCAGCAGAAACUUUCUCCACGGAAUUACAUCCUGUGAAAUUCUGUAAAAGAAAGGAAGAAGAAGCCUUCGUCUCUGAAACAGCAUUUGAUUUAUCAAAGGGUGUUCCCAGGAAAAUCGCAUAAUCGACUGUAGUACUACUCGUAUUUGGUAGGCCAGUUCAGAAAUUUCCAGAGGGAGGAAAAGUCCUUGCUGUUGUGAUAGAACCUUUAAUCAUUCGAGAUGUCGAAGCACCACGUGACUGGCUGAAUAUUUUCUUGUGGCGGGGAAGACUUCGUAGCAUUCUGGGGAAAUUCAUAAUAAUACAUCGUAUUAGAUAAUAAUAAUAUUUUAACAAAACGUCACACUAAGCCUAUGAAAAAAACUCGUAUCCUUUAAAAGAAGAAAAAUCUAAAGAAACUCAAAACCACAGGGUCAUCCGAAUAUAACUGAGCCGUGAACACCUCCUGAGACUUACCGUCAGGAUAAUUUAACUUCCACGGCAGAAAAGCUUAAGGACAUCGCUAGGAGGAUGUCGCCUGGCCGUGUCGGGAGGGCGUCAGGACCCUUUAUCGGGAACAGGGAGAAAUGAAGUUAUCAGUGUCGGCUUACAGAGCUCAAGCUAGUGCUCACAAGAAGAUCCUUUGCAACUAUCAGCAUCAGCUGAGUUACGGUGCUACGAAUCAGGCGCCCUCGGCCCGGACCACCUCAGACCCCGCGGCGGUCCUUUCUGCUUUCAAGGUGGAUCGAGCGGAGAACGAGGAGGCCCAGGGAGGAGGUCCGGCGCCGACUUCCGGCUACGGAAACGCGGCAUCCUGUUCGAGAAUGGGCCCAGGGCCCGAUUCUGGUAGCAGUGCACCGUCAUCUGUACCACAUUCUUUGGCGACGUCACGAGAUGAAGAGGACGACGACGACGAGGACAGCAGCGGAAGACGUUCUAACGGUCAAGGUGGAUCCAGGUCGCCAGGAAGGUACCGGAUUAGCGCUCCACGGGGCUCCCUCGAAAAAUCGUUCAGCAACGGGAUCGGGGCCACGACCUCGACCUCGAAUUCCUUGGACAGCGCGGGGGAGGCCGCAACAGCGAGGAGACCUCGUAGCACGAGGGGAUCCCAAAAGUGGAGUAACGUUCGCGCCGUCAUGGCCCUCUAUUCCUCCCUACGCAAGAUCAAGAGGACGAAGAGCAAUCAGCGUUGGAUGAAGCUGCGCACUACGGUCCAGCUGUCCUCAGCGAUAUCGACGAUUCAGAAGAAGCCGCCGUUGAAGCGCGAGGACUCCUUCUUGAAAAGAUUCUCAACGAGGCAGAUACCAGAGAGUCAGGAGACCUUGGAUACGGGCGAAGGAGACGGAGACGCAGCAGACGACAAGGAUCCCGGAGGACGUCGCAGAAGACGUCCACGUCGUCCCCAGAGGCCGCCCAAGACUGUAGUCAAUCCUGACGAGAAUUUCUAUUACUACUGGCUGAUGUUGCUCUCGGCGUGCGUCCUUUACAAUCUGUGGACUCUAAUCGUGCGGCAGAGUCUGCCGGAACUGCAGGAACUGGCCCCGCGGGCCUGGCUGACCUGCGAUGGAUUCACCGACCUGGUGUUCUUCUUCGACGUCGCCGUACAAUUUCGCACCGGGUACCUCGAGCAGGGUCUUAUGGUCUACAACAGUAAGAAGCUCGCCGGACAUUACCUAAAGUCCAAGUCCUUCAUCCUGGAUCUGAUGGCCCUCCUACCGCUGGACCUUCUUCAGGUAAAUCUGGGCAGCAAUCCCAUGCUCAGAUUUCCCCGCUUCCUCAAGGUCUACAGGGUCUAUAACUACUACUACAUGGUCGAGUCCAGGACCGUCUAUCCAAAUCUAUGGAGGGUACUCAAUCUCAUUCACAUACUUCUAAUACUGGCGCAUUGGUUUGGCUGUUUCUACUAUCUCCUCAGCGAGGCCGAAGGCUUCCAGGGGGACUGGGUGUAUCCUUAUAGACCCGGGGAGUAUGCCACUCUCACCAGGAAGUAUCUGGGAUCACUCUAUUGGUCCACACUGACGCUGACCACUAUUGGCGACUUACCGACGCCGGAAACCAACGCCGAGUACGUCUUCACCAUAGUCAGCUACCUCAUCGGCGUCUUCAUAUUCGCUACCAUCGUCGGCCAGGUUGGUAACGUCAUCACCAACAGAAAUGCAAAUCGCCUUGAAUUCGAGCGACUACUGGAUGGCGCCAAGACCUACAUGCGACAUCAUAAAGUUCCGGGUGGUAUGAAACGCAGGGUACUCAGGUGGUACGACUACAGCUGGUCCAGAGGGAGGAUACAGGGUGGCGGAGAUAUCAAUACCGCUCUGGGAUUAUUGCCUGAUAAACUCAAGACCGAAUUAGCACUUCACGUUAACCUCUCGGUUCUGAAGAAAGUCACUAUAUUCCAGGAAUGCCAGCCAGAGUUUCUACACGAUCUCGUCCUGAAGAUGAAGGCUUACAUCUUCACGCCUGGUGAUUCGAUAUGCCGUAAGGGUGAAGUGGCCCGUGAGAUGUUCAUUAUAGCGGAUGGUAUCCUGGAAGUGAUAAGCGAAACCGGAAGAGUCCUGACGACCAUGAAGGCCGGCGACUUCUUUGGGGAAAUUGGCAUACUCAAUCUGGACGGAUUGAAUAAACGCACAGCUGACGUACGAUCAGUUGGUUAUUCAGAACUGUUUAGUCUCUCGCGAGAGGACGUUUUGGCAGCCAUGAAGGACUACCCUGAAGCGCAGGAGAUACUUCAGAAUUUGGGGCGGAAGCGUUUAAUGGAAGCACAGAGGGUCGCCAGGGCGUCGCGUCAGCAAACCUCUCCAGGGCAUGACUCAUCCGACAACAGUACUGGUAAAAGGAUAGUGGAUAAAUUGAAGAGCGACGUGAAGGGCCUGAAGAAUGUCUUGAGGAAGAGUAGACGCAAUACCAGACCAGAGGAAAGCUUAGAGCUUCAGCCUUUAGCACCUAAAGCGCCGCCGUUACGAAGACAAACAAAGGUGGACGAGACUCAGGAAGCUUCGGCAUCAAAUGCAGAAGCACCUGUGUCGCCAUUGGGCGCAGGACUUCCUCUACUUUCUAGAUUGCGACUUUUGAAGGAGAAGCAGGAUCGAGAGGAGAAGAAGAAUCUGGUGGAGACGUCGAAUCAAGUUCCGGAACAGCCGCCACCAGUGCCGGAAGCGCAAAAUCCUACCAAUCCAAAUCUACCUUUGCUACAGAGAAUAUUGUUACUCAAGGCGAAAAACGAACAGGAAGCACUCGGUGAUAAGGAGUCUUUGGCCAAGGAACCGCUGUUACCGAAAAGUGUACCUCAGGAUGAGGUUAAAGAGACACAAUUGAAGCCGGUUGUGCAACCGAGUCAGAGUGUCGCAGAACCUGGUGUUAAAUCUCCCACAACGCCAGCGGAUAACGGAAACAGUUCUGGGGUUAAGAAGCCCUGGGCUAUGCUGAAGGAUGCUUCGCUAACUGCUAAGGAUACUUCGCCCCAGAGAAGCCCGCCUGCACGCAGGCUACAGCUUAAACAGAGCCUGGUACACUUAAGGCAACAGACAAAGAUGUACGCCUCCGUGGAUGAUCUUUCGCCAGAAUAUUGCGGUCUGCCUUUCGUCAAGAAACUUAAAAUCCUUAACGAGAGGCAGAAACUCGCUGAACUGGAGAUGGCCGUCAGAAGUUCGAGCCUGGAUUGCGGUGACAAUGCCGAGGCUGAGUUUGAUGGAAAUCUCACCAGGAGUCACUCGGAAGCCUGCGCCAUUGAGUACGCCAGGAAAUUAGCAAAAUUGAAUAAGGACAGAAAACCACCUACGUCGCCGCAGAACCAACUUUCUCCAGAGAACGAAACUCUGGAAAGGCGAAACCUGAAAAGUAUCCUGAAGAAAUUGUCAGCUGGCAGCAGAACCGGAAGUUCCGAAACAUCUACGACGAGUACACCGGACAGAGAAGCCGCCACGGCUGAAUUAAGAAAACUUAUGAGAGCACCAACAAUAGAAGGCUAUGCCGCUCGACAUUCAAAACUCUCCAAGAGUGUAACUUUUAAUAAGUACACUUUGCAGAGUCCGCCGUCCGAGCAGCCACCCGACAGUAGUCUACCGUCUGAUGAGAAUCUUGGCCAGAAGCAGGAGCAGAUUCCGCUGCCACCGCCCAAUAAACUUAAUUUCCGUCCUCUGGGUAGUGGAGCUCUUCUGCAAAUGAUACCACGGCCGCGAGAGGAAGAAUACCUUGGAGAACUGGUAACCGGUAUCAGGGAUGUGAUUCAGACUCGAUUGGAAGACAUUCAAAGUAAAUUUGAACGUCAGUUUACGUCGUUGGAGCUUGAAAUUCGCAAGAGAGACGAGAUAAUUUCACAGCUGCAGGCGAGGAUCCAGGAACUGGAACACAGGGAAGUUCCCAGUGGCGGGGACUCCUGCGAAAGUACAGAAGCCGAUGGAUCCAUGGAGGAAGAUCUGGCUGAGGAUAACGAGGAUCAUCCUUUUAUGAGGGAUGGUUCGGUAGACACUGUUCUAACGGCACAAGCUCAUCACAGACACGCCUCGGGUUCUAUAGAAUCCUCGCAUAACCGAAGGUCCUGGGAGGAGCACUCCGAGGAGGAAACCUUGGAGCUUCAGGAUCUUCCGCGAUCCAUCACGCCUCAAAGCCUCUGGAAGGAUGAUGUAGCCAUAGAUUUAGAAUCGAAUAGCGAAGGCUCCAAGUCCGAAGAUGAGGAUGAGGAAGGUGGUGCCGCCUGUAGAACUGAGACUGAUGAUGAAGACGAAGAGGAUGAGGAUCAAGAUGACGUCGGGCACAAUAAUUGGGAGGUAGCCAUGUUAGCCGAGCAACUUGAGGCCAGGCGAAGAAGUAGCGAAAGUUCUAGUCCAGGUUCCUAGCGCAUUAAUGAGAUUCUAGAAUUACUAUAUUACUACACGAAUACAAUAAAUUCCAGAGAGUGGCGCACUUCUGCGGGAAGGUCGAGUAGUGCAGCUUUCUGCGAAGAUGAGUGCCCCUUUAUUGACAUUACUUUGUUGGAUGGCUCUAAUGAGACCAUGAUGUGACUUCAGUAUUUUUCUUCCAUUACCUGCUGGUUGUUUUUUCCCUGUUUUACUAUAGUCUACUCGCGGUACUGUAUUCAGUUAUGCUAUGAGGCAUAGAGAAUUCCAAUAAUUGUGUCGCUAUCACUUUGAUGUCUCUCCUAUUUAACUUUACUUUUACGUCCAAAUGAAUUUCAGCGAAAGUAUGAAAAACAACAAAAAAAGAGUAUAAAAGAUUUUAGAGAGAAUUGGAAGAACUUUCAUUGAAAAUAUCGUCUUCUAGCUCAAGUAGCUCUAAAAUUUAGAUAGUAAACAAAUUAUUAGCUUUCCAUAGUCCCCGUCGAGUCACCGUGCCAAAGAAAGAUGUGACACCCUUCUCCAUGUGUGUCAUUUUAUUAUAUAUCUUCUGCCCUCUAAUCAUCUCUUCCACAUCCAAUUGCAUUUCGAGAAAGCUGCACACAGAGAUGUGACAGAAUUUAAACUACUUAACGAGACAAGAGUAUAAAAGGUACUUUGAAACAAGCAAAUACAAUUCAACUAAAGUAAAUCAACUUAAUGAAGCAGAUGAAGAUGAAGGACGUUGAGGAGGAAAAUGAAGAUGAAUAUAAAAUUAUAUUGUGUAUACUGACCAGACCAAGCUCAAUAUUUCUAGAGUCUUUACAAAGAGAAACACACCUAUUAAGCGAACGAAUGACUAUUAAAUAAGUGAAGAAAAAAACUACCAACUUGUACAUACUAGCCUACAAUUUAUUUAUUUAUAAGAUCGAGUGAGCGAAAGUGCAGUUAAGUGAACUUUGUGAGUAUGUACAAAUGUAAACCACAGUAUGAGAGAUAAUUCAGUGAAAAUGAAGAAUACUUGAGAGAAAGUAGAGAGCAUGGAAAAUCAUGAAAGAAAGAGAAACAGAGAGCUGAUGGGAACCAGAGAAUAUUGGAAUGGGAGGAAAACAGAGAGCAUUUUAGAUGCUGAUAUGUACUUACUAUACGAACAAAAGGAGUAUACAAUAAAGCAAACACUGUUUUCAAAG